AUGAACCCUUUCCUCAUGCCCAAAUCUUUGUUUUCAUGCAAUGCUAAAAUCCGUCGAUAUAAUGGAAAUCCUCAUGACGCCCAACGCCAGCUGGACCGUCACCGGCGUCCUAUCCAAACUCUCCACGCACUCACCCUUAUCCUAUCCAUCAUCCCAUUGCUGUUGUUUGCCCACCCGUCCAAAGUCUACCCGAAGAUCCUGUCGUACGCGCGCGCCGUGAAAGCAGACCUGCUACCGGGCGGCAAAGUGGGCGUUGCCGGAUUCUGCUGGGGCGCAUGGCCGGCCACGAAGCUGUGCGUUGAGACCAGCACCGCAACCGCAACCGCAACGCCAGACUCCAACAACACAGAUGCCAGUGCACGACUAAUCGACGCCCAGUUCAACGACCACCCAUCGUACAUAGUCAAGACGCCCGAGAUGGUCGUCGACGCGAUCCGCAAAUUCAAAGUGCCCUACUCGGUCGCCGUCGCCGAGAACGACCUGCAGUUCAACAAGGCCGAAGCCGAGAAAGUCGAGGCCAAACUGCGCGAGGCGGUCGGGAUCAGCGGCAGCGAGAGCGGUUGUACGUACGAGUUCAGGCUCUACGAUGGCUGUGUGCAUGGAUUCUGUGUACGUGCGCCGAUCGGCAAGUACGACGAGACGAACGAGAGUGGGUAUGAAGGGGCCAAGAGGCAGGCCGUCGAGUGGUUUGACAAGUACUUGAAUUGAUGUUGAAUUGAAUUGGUAUGGAUUGCAUGUCACCGCAACUGCUCUGCACUGAAUUGUGACUGGGAAGCGCACGACGUGAGAGGAUUUUUUUGACCCAUGCAUGAGCAUGAGCGGAAUGAAGGGCUACGCGAACAGAGUG